AUGAAAGGACUGUGCUUCAUUCUUGUUCUAGCUCUGGCAGCUAUGCACGUUAAGAGUGAAUUAGUAGAUGGUCUUUUUCCAUAUCCUACUGUAAAACCGACCACGACCCUCACAACAACUAGCGACCCUCCUUUUAUACCGACAGUUAAAACUACUAAGGGUUCCCCCACCACUGUCCCCUCCCCUUUACCUAGUGGAGCUUCGAAUGAUACAGAUUUAUCGGGUAAUGCUACCUCCAGUACUGAUGAUGCUACUCCUACAGAAAUACAAGUACCAAACCCAUUCUCUGCUGGCAAUGGUAUAGACGCUAAUUUGUGGGCAUGGUGCUUUACUCUAGGUAGUUUGUUG